ACAAACGAAAAGGAGGCCGUCAUCGACGACCCCAAGGCAUUCCAGGAGAGCAAGGAAUACUACGCCAAGGUCGGCAAGGCAUGGAAUCGUGGGUACCUCCAUUACGGACCGCCCGACACCACCAUGAUCUCCGCCAUGGCCAACUUCCUUGACUAUGACGUCUACUACCUUGAGCUCAAGACGGUCGAGAACAACACCAAGUUGCGGAAGCUCUUCAUAGAGACCACAGGCAAGUCCAUCAUCGUCAUAGGCAUUGACUGCUUCGUCAACCUCACCGGAAAAUGCCGCAAGGACAAGAACACAGCAAGCAACAAGGACUCCAACAAUGAUGACAAGCCCAAGCUACCCGUAGAGCCAGAGAAGGAUGACGUCACCAAGGUGACGCUCUCAUGCCUACUUAACUUCAUCGAAGGGCUGUGGUCUGCUUGCGGAGGUGAGCGAAUCAUAAUCUUCACCACCAACCACAAGGAGAAGCUGGACUCGGUGUUGAUCCGGCGGGGCAGAGUGGACAAGCACAUCGAGAUGUCCUACUACCGCUUCGAGGGCUUCAAGCGGCUGCUCGAGGAGACAGACAUGUCGCCCGCCAAUGUUGCACUUGCAGGGAACCUGAUGCCAAUGUCAAAGAAGAAAAAGAGGGAGCUCGACGAGUGCUUGACAUGCCUCAUUGAGGUGCUCAAGUAG